UGGAAAAAUGGCAGCUGAUGCAGGGAGAUACAGGAGUGCUGUAAGCAAAAACAAAGACCCUUCAGGUCUGCUCAUCUCUGUCAUAAGGACUCUGUCCAGCAGUGAUGAUGUGCAGGACAGGGAGACAGAGAAGGGUCGUCUGGAAGAGGCAUUUGAGACAUGCGACAGGGGUUUAGAUGAGCUGAUUGUUCAGCAUUAUGCCGAACUCACCACUGCCAUCAGGACAUACCAGAGCAUCACAGAGCGCAUCACCAGCUCCCGCAACAAGAUCAAACAGGUGAAGGAGAACCUCCUGUCUUGUAAGAUGCUUCUCCACUGCAAACGGGAUGAGCUGAGGAAGCUGUGGAUAGAAGGCAUUGAGCACAAGCAUGUCCUCCAGCUGCUGGAUGAAAUUGAAAGCAUCAAGCAGGUUCCUCAACGGCUGGAGGCCUACAUGGCAAGCAAGCACUACCUUCAUGCCACAGAUAUGCUGGUGUCAGCCGUGGAGUCCUUGGAAGGGCCCUUGUUGCAGGUGGAGGGGCUUGGAGAUCUGCGGUUGGAGCUCCACAGCAAGAAGCUCAACAUCCACCUUGUGCUCAUUGAUGAGCUGCACCGACACCUCUACAUCAAGUCCACAAGUCGCCUUGGACACAAGAACAAGGACAAAAAUGCUGCUCGCCUUCCAGGCUCUACUGCCAAAGACACAUCUCCAAUGCCUGUGUUGGAUGUGAGCAGCCUGUCCACUCCCCGCAAGCUUUUGGAUUCAUCACAGUUCAGCACACCUGGAUCCAGCAGUGUGCGCGAGCUCCAGCAGGAUGUGCGAGAGCUAAACCAAGCUGAUCUUCCUGAAGUGGAUCCAGAGGAGAAUAGUGCUGAGUUCAUGGGUAUCCUCAUCAAGGCUCUGGCCAAGUUGAAGAAAAUCCCAGAGACCAUCAAAGCCAUAAUGGAGCGGCUGGAACCUGAACUGAAGCAGAUCGUUAAGAGGUCCACCACUCAGAUAGCAGACCAUGCUUACCAGAGAGGAGAAAGCCUGGCCCAGGAGAGCCAGCCCAGGUUGCUGCUGGAACUGCUGGAGCUUCUUUUUGAUAAGUUCAAGGCAGUGGCUCAGGCUCACAGUGUGGUGCUGGCCCACCUGCAGCAGAUUGCGGUGCAGUGCCCGGGCGGGGCCCACGAAGAGGGCAUCAAGCUCUACGAGCAGGCGGACGUCUCUGCCAAAAUCCAGACAGUGCUGCAGGUUCUGCUUAUGGAGUAUCUUGACGUGAAGAACAGCCGGAGUGCCACAGAGCCAUCAGCUCAGCUCUCCUAUGCCAGCACUGGCAGUGAGUUUGCCGCCUUUUUUGCAAAGAAAAAACCACAGCGUGCCAAGCAGUCUCUCUUCAAGUUUGAAUCAUCUUCCCAUGCCAUCAGCAUGAGUGCCUACCUGAGAGAGCAGAGGCGAGAACUCUACAGCAAGAGUGGAGAAUUACAAGGUGGUGCUGAUGACAACCUGAUUGAAGGAGGAGAAAUGAAGUUUGUGUGUAAACCAGGAGCGAGGAACAUCACUGUGAUCUUCCAGCCUCUUCUCAGAUUCAUUCAGGAGAUAGAGAUGAACAUGGGGCCAGGCCAGGCCAAGCAGUGCCAGCUCCGGGCUUUCCUCACUUACUACAUCAACGACCUCUUUCUCAACCAGGUGCGAACAGAGAUCAACAAGGAGAUUGAGGCAGUGAGCAAGGCAGCCGACCCCUUGAAGAUCCUGGCCAGCGCUGAUACCAUGAAGGUUCUAGGCGUCCAGAGACCCCUGCUGCAGAGCACGGUGGUAGUGGAGAAGUCCAUCCAGGAUCUAAUGAGCCUGAUGCAGGACCUGAGUGCCUAUUCCAACCAGUUCCUCGAAAUGGUCUGCGACAAGCUCAAAGAGUACAAGGAAAUCUGCAACACAGCCUACAGGGGUAUUGUUCAGUGUGAGGAGAAGCUGACCAUCAGUGCUUCCUGGUCUAAAGAUGAGGACAUCAGUCGUUUGCUCCAGUCCCUCCCUAACUGGGCAAAUAUGGCCCAACCCAGACAGACCAGACAGAAGAGGGAGGAUGAAGAGGACUUUACUCGAGCGGCUUUUGCUAAGGAGUCGGAGGUGUUGACUGGGAACCUAGGAGACAAGUUAAUCCCCCAGAACGAGAUCCUUCGUGACGUCAGUGACCUGAAGGCUCUGGCCAACCUUCAGGAGAGCAUGGAGUGGCUUGCCGGUCGCCUCAAGACGUUCUUUGCUAACCUGCCUCAUGCCUCCAGUGCGCCUCCAUGCUCAGCAGACAGUCAGGGGGUUGGUGAGAGUGAACGCAGCAGGGAGCAGAUUCUCCAGACUCUGAGUGACCUGUCCAGGGGCUUUCAGGACAUUGCCGACCGCUGUCUCCUGGUGUUGCACCUGGAGGUCAGGGUGCAUUGUUUCCAUUACCUGAUCCCUCUCACCAAGCAAGGAAAUUACGCCAUUGUGGCUAAUGUGGAGAGCAUGGACUAUGACCCACUGGUGGUGAAACUGAACAAGGACAUCUCAGCCAUCGAGGAGGCCAUGGGGGCUGCUCUGCAGCAGCACAAGUUCCAGUACAUUUUUGAAGGUCUUGGUCAUCUGAUCUCCUGUAUUCUAAUCAAUGGGGCUCAGUACUUUAAGAGGAUCAGUGAGUCUGGUAUCAAGAAGAUGUGCAGGAACAUUUUUGUUCUCCAACAGAACCUCACCAACAUCACCAUGUCCAGGGAGGCCGACCUCGACUUCGCCAGGCAGUACUAUGAGAUGCUGUACAACACUGCAGAUGAGCUGCUGAACCUGGUGGUGGACCAGGGUGUUCGCUACACGGAGCUGGAGUACAUCAACGCCCUGUCCUUACUCCAUCGCAGCCAAACUGGCGUAGGGGACCUGAGCACCCAAAACAUUCGACUGCAGCGGCUGAAGGAGAUCAUCUGUGAGCAGGCGGCCAUCAAACAGGCCACCAAGGACAAGAAGAUCACCACAGUGUAACGAUAAAACAGCCCCAUGGGCCCACUGAUUCUGUCUGCAAUAACAGAUGCCAGAUUAGACUGUCUGAAUGAGGCCACAUCUUCCGCCUGCUGCCAAUUUGGGUUGGUCCCCAAAGAAUUCCCUAGCUGAGAAUUGUAUCAUAUCUAUGGCUGUUAAAAAUCUGUUGAUCUGUCUUUUUCUGAACUUUUGCAGCUGGUGUGGAAAGUUGUUAGUUCAUUAACUUUUUUUUUUUCUUUUUUUACAAAUUGGACAAAAGAGAGUGACUUACUUACUCAGUAAUGAAGAUAUUUUUGCUGAUUUCUGUUUCAUCCCUCUGUAAAAUGAGAACAAGGUAUAUUAAAUGUAAUAUUUAAAGUCUAGCACACCACAGUGAAAAGACAUACACUUUUUGCAUUAAGGCAAGUGUGUGAGAAUACAUUUCAUCAGUCUUACUAGCUAUAAAUGUUAACAAUGCAAUUUUCAGUCUUUAUUUUGUCAUGCCCACUAGAAGUGCCAGAGUCUUUUAAAGUGAACUGAACAUAUAAACUCUUGAUACAGAUCAUUCCCCUCCCUGCAAACCUCCUUCUUUUUAGCUCAUUAACUUGGGAGAGAAGUACUUAACAAGAGGAGAGGAGGGGAAUGGGAGCCUUGUCAAUACAUUGGACCCAGCUCUGGUCUCCCUGAUGCCCACAGAGCAAUCCUUCAUAAUGACACAUUGACACAUUGGUUGAGAUUGAUGAGAAAACAACAGUGGACUUGCUGAGGAGUUCGCCUACCACUCUGAAACGAAAUCUAAAAUGUGCUGUUGACCUUAGAGCUACUUUUGUAAUGUUAUACAUGGGGAACCUUAAUACAAUUGCACUGCACACAUAUAACCCAUGAAAGUCCAAAACAUGUAUGUAUUAGGCAUACUCCAUAUAUGUACAGUGAGUGAGAACCACUCCUGCUGUCCAUGCAUUUUAUUCAUGACUGAAAUGUGUUAAAUGUCAUGAAGGUUCAGUGUCAUGUUUCUUUUUCUUUCCGUUUGACCUUUGUUUGCACAUCUGUUCUAUGAGAGUCAUUUUAUGUUUCCAGUAAGAAUGUACUAAAUGCUAAACAUCAAACUAUGUUUUCAUUUUCGUUCCUCUGGAUGGUGAGGGUCAUCUUAGAAAUGCUCUGAAAUGUUCUUCUCUAAAUUAAGCACAUAUGAUUUGCCAGCACAUACACUAAUAUACGGAACAAAUAAAGCAUUCAAUCCCAA